GAAAUUCAUCUGUGGGGAUUCCCCAAACACGUUAUGAUUUUUAUGACACCAUAUCAGUUAGACUCUACUCUUGAAAUAAAUGAUAAAUUAUUGGAAUAUCGACGAAUGGCAGGAUUCUGUUGGCAUGAUCUGCAGGAAUGGCUAUACGGUUCGGAGAGUAUUAAGUUUAAGAAUGAGGUCUUUGAAAAACUCCGUGCUAGUAAUGUUUUUGUUCGCGAUUGGCGAACAUUGACGAUGGAUGAAAGCCGCCAAAUAUGCGAUCGACGAUGGAAACAAUUUCUGGAAUACAAUUUCAUCACGUUCGAUGGGCUUAAAACAAAUCCUGAAAGAUUUGUGGAUUUCGCGGAAAUCUUAGAAAGUUAUGACCAAAGUUUAGCAGCAAAAUUCUAUAUCAGUGCCAUCUUCUAUGUUACAAUAUUAUCAAUGGGAACAAAUCGGCACCAUCAAAUACUCGAGAAAUGCAGGAACAAUGAGAUUGUCGGCUGCUUUUGUUUGACGGAACUGUCGCAUGGGUCAGAUGCGAAUUCGGUCCGCACUGAAUGUCAUUACGACGAGGGUCAAUUCUUGAUGCACACGCCGGAUAAUGAAGCAAUCAAAUGUUGGGCCGGCAACUUGGCUAUAAAUGCAACCCAUGCAAUUAUUUUUGCUCAACUUUAUAUCAAUCAUGUAUGCCAUGGAUUGCAUGCAUUUUGCAUACAAAUCCGUCAUUUCAAAACGAUGACACCUUUGGAAGGUAUAACAAUCGGUGAUAUGGGAGAGAAGACAGGUAUCUGGAAUGGUGUCGAUAAUGGAUGGAUCAAGUUUACCAAGCACCGUUUUCAUUUAGAUGCAUUAUUGAACCGAAUAGCAACCGUUCAUCCGGAUGGAACUUAUCAGUCCAUUCUUAAGGAUACGAAAGAGCAGCAAUUAGCAAAUUUGGCUAUUUUAUCUAUUGGGCGCGCAGCUAUCGUUGGCAAAGGUGCAGUGGCAGUUCAACUUGCUGCCAUCAUAGCGACACGUUAUUCAGCUGUUAGGCAGCAAUUCCGUAGUGCUAAUCAUGCAGAAGAACGAUCAGUCAUUGAAUAUCCCAUGCAACAGCAUCGCUUCUUUCCACAUAUUGCCACAUCAAUUGCUUUAACCAUUUUCCAUCGCAAAUUCAUUUUCAUUUGCUAUAAGCAUUUUAUACGUUGUGCAGAAGAUGGAAGACUUCCAUAUGAGGUUGUUUAA